AUGGCCACCCCCUCGACCGACGAGGUCAUGCCCUCGCCUGAAAUCACACCUGUGAGCCCGACAUCCUCCACCGGUCAAAUCCCACUCGAACAACCCAAGCUGAAGGGUCGCCAGAAAUUAUUGCAGAGCCUCCAGCGGAUGUCGUCUAGCCCGACUUUGCCCCGCCGCGGGCGAUCGGCAUCAACCGGUUAUCGGCGGGACCAUGGGGCCUCCUUAUCAUGUGUCUCGUUAUCGUCCGCAUACUCGCCCUGUCUGGGGAAUGGGAGCUCCUCGCAGCUUUAUGGAGGCUUGAAUCCGCGACCGGCGACCCCCGGCUGCUCUGGGUCGCCGACUGAGUAUGCGGAUGCGGACAACGCUCGCAUUCGAGUGGUGGGUACCGAGUCACCCAACGGCCAGCCGCGUACCGUGCCCCUGCCGUUCGAUGUACGACCGACCUCAGGUGGGUCGCCUCGUCGCAGUGUGAUCUUGGAGGCACCCGUGGUGGAUGAUAUGCCUGAGCCGGUGCGCACGCUGGAUUUCUGGGGCGACAUGCCUCAGGAAAUAAAGAUCGAGAUUUUCCGAUAUUUGACACCACGGGAGAUCGUACGCAGCUCGUCGGUCUCUCAGAUGUGGUAUGGAAUGUGUUAUGAUGGACAGUUGUGGUCCAAGGUCGACACGACUGAUUAUUAUCAGAAGAUCCCAAGUGAUGUUCUGGUAAAACUCAUGACCUGUGGUGGGCCCUUCGUACGCGACCUGAACCUGAGGGGUUGCGUGCAGCUGCGUGAGAAAUGGCCGUCGGAUGGUGAGCGCAUCUCAGACUUGUGUCGGAACGUUGUCACAUUCUCCCUGGAAGGAAGCAGGAUCGACAAGACGUCCAUGCACUACUUUCUGCUACGGAACGGUCGCCUGGAAUAUAUAAAUCUUUCAGGUCUCAAGAGUGUGACGAAUUCGACAAUGAAGAUCAUCGCCCAGUACUGUCCCAUGCUUGAAGUUCUGAAUGUUUCAUGGUGUCAGCAGGUCGACUCCAAGGGCCUACGGAAGGUGGUACAGGCUUGUGGUCGCUUGACGGAUCUUCGCGCCAGUGAAAUACAGGCAUUUGAUAAUAAAGACUUGGUCAAGGAAUUGUUCCAACGUAACACUUUGGUACGACUGGCCAUAAGCCGCACUAACCUGUCCGAUGAAGCUCUCCAAACCUUGAUGCAUGGCGUGGACCCCGAAAUAGAUGUGUUGACGGACCGUCCUAUUGUGCCGGCUCGACGAUUUCGGCACCUUGAUUUGCAUCAUUGCACGGCAUUGACGGAUGGAGGCUUAAAGAGCCUUGCAUACAAUGUGCCGGACUUGGAAGGCCUACAGGUCUCACAAUGCCCAGAACUGACCGAUGCAUCAAUUGUCGCUGUUAUCCGGACUACGCCGCGACUCUCGCAUCUGGAACUGGAAGAUCUGGACAAACUGACCAACGAGACUCUUGUCGAACUCGCCAGGUCACCAUGCGCCCAAAACCUCGAGCAUUUGAAUAUCAGCUACUGCGAGAGCCUUGGCGACACCGGAAUGCUCCAGGUGAUGAAGAACUGCCCGAAGCUGCGCUCUGUCGAGAUGGAUAACACUCGCAUCUCUGAUCUCACGUUGAUGGAAGCAAGCUUCCGUGUUCGCCGACGAGGCUACAGUGAAGACGUUCCUAAAGUCGGGCUCCGUCUGGUUGUUUUCGACUGUGCCAAUGUGACUUGGGCAGGCGUUAAGGAGGUCCUGUCAAGUAACGCAUACAUUCCUCGCACUCGCAAAUCCGCCUCGGCGGUUGUGACGGUGACUCAGAAGUCAGACUCAGGUUCGUCCCCGAUCACCACAACUUAUGUCACACCGACUUCGACGCCAUCCCCAUCACCCACACCCACCUACCCCAGUGAGAUCAUCCAGCUCAAGUGCUUCUAUGUUUGGCAGAUGACUGUUGAUGAGCACACCAAACGAGUGCUUCGCGGUGAUCUCGCUGCUGCGAGUCGACUAGAUCGCAAAUGGGCAGAUUAUAUGAUGGCCACAGAAGAAGCCGGCGCUACUGGUGCUGGAGCCCGGCGUAGAAGACGUCGAGCCCGUGAAGCGGAACGACUUUACAAUGCAGAUGAAGAUGAAGAAGAUAGUCUCGAUGUUGGAGGCGUCAGUGCUCCAGGUCGACGACGACGCGCCCAGAGCGGUGGUGGCUGCACAUUGAUGUGA